AUGUCUCUUUGCAAAGAUAUAUUGGGUAAAGGGCAUACUGUCUGCACAGACAACUGGUAUACGAAUGUUGAUCUGACAGAAAAGUUAAUAGCAAAAAAUACAUAUUUAAUGGGUACACUACUACAAAAACGACGUAGAAAUUCAAUGGAAGUAGUACCCAAAACAUUAAAACAUGGAAAACUCAUUGCUCGCGAAAAUAAAUCCGGAAUAACAAUUUUACAAUGGAAAGACAAGAGAGACGUGUUGAUGCUUUCAACGAAACAUUCGACAGAAAUGACUACUGUAUAUAAGAACUUUUAUUCGUGUGAAAAACCAAAAAUGGUUGUGGAAUAUAAUCUAGGAAAAUCAUCAGUUGAUUUAUCAGACCAAAUGAUAGCUUAUAAUUCACCACUACGCAAAACUUUAAAGUGGUAUAGAAAAUUAUCAAUAGAACUGUUAUUGAAUACAUGUAUGGUAAAUUCAAUGAUAUUAUUAAAUUAA